UCGAGAACUCGAGAUUGACAAUUCUUUGACGUACGCUCGUGUUUAUUUGGCGCGAGAUGUCAUCUAAUAAAAAUAGUGAAAAUUAUCAAAAUGAUAGUAAGUUGAAUGGUUUGAGUGCAGCUUUAGUGGAUAAGGGUUUGACUCCAUUGAGUGGGAGGUAUCGCUCUAAGAGUUUGUCGAGUGAUAAGUUGAAUAAGACGAAUGCUGACCGUGCUGCUAUAUUGGAAGAUGUAGAAGCACAUUACAUUACGGACAAAUUAGAAACGCCUGGUUGUUUGGUUAUAAAUAAAAUUAUGGAGCAAAAAACGCAAUCUACUUUAAAUGGAUUCAAAGAAGGCAAGGCGACUUAUGGAACAGAUAGUCCAGCACGUGGUAGGCGUGUUAUAUUCUGCGUCCACGGAAAUCCCUCCACGGGCUGCUGUGCCGUGAUAGAAACAAGUGCAGAUGGCGAUGACGGAGAAAUGCGCAAUGGCGGCAUAAGUGAAGUAGAACGACAUUGUCACAGAUCAAGGAAUGAAGAAAUAGAUAAGAGAGCACGAAGAAAAUUAAUAAUAGCUAGUGUGUUAUGUGUAAUAUUUAUGAUAGGAGAAAUUGUUGGUGGUUAUUUAUCAAACAGUCUCGCGAUAGCGACGGAUGCUGCACAUCUGUUGACAGACUUCGCUAGUUUUAUGAUAUCUUUGUUUUCCCUUUGGGUCGCGAGCAGACCUGCCACGAGAAGAAUGCCCUUCGGCUGGUACAGGGCGGAAGUAAUAGGUGCUCUUACAUCAGUUCUCUUAAUCUGGGUGGUCACUGGCGUGCUGGUGUAUAUGGCAGUGCAAAGGGUAAUUUACAAGGAAUUCGAGAUUAAUGCCACUGUUAUGCUCAUCACCUCAGCUGUCGGAGUAGCAGUCAAUCUUGUUAUGGGCCUCACCUUACACCAGCAUGGUCACAGUCACGGCGGCGGUGGUCAUGGGCAUUCUCACGGUGGUAACAAUCCCGUACUCAAUAAUAAGAAGGAACGAUCAGAUUCGGACGCGGAGAGUUCGUCGUCCCACCAACACGAACAUCACACUGAGAACAUCAACGUCCGAGCCGCUUUCAUACACGUACUUGGAGAUUUCUUGCAGAGCUUCGGCGUACUAAUUGCGGCUAUCGUUAUAUACUUCCAACCUGAAUGGAAUCUAGUGGAUCCGAUCUGCACGUUCCUGUUUUCGGUGCUGGUUCUAAUCACCACAUUCAACAUCAUCAAGGAUACACUGCUCGUGUUGAUGGAGGGAUCUCCUAGGGGCCUUGAUUUUCAGGAAGUCGCGAAUACCUUCCUAUCGCUGCCAGGUGUUGUUAGAAUACACAAUUUGCGUAUGUGGGCUCUAUCUUUGGACAAGACCGCAUUAUCAGCUCAUCUCGCUAUUCGAAAUGGCGUUAGUCCGCAGAAGGUUCUGGAACAAGCCACGCGAUUGGUCCACGAUAAGUAUAACUUUUUCGAAAUGACCCUCCAGAUUGAAGAGUUCAACGACGGCAUGGAGGAAUGCAGUCAAUGUAAGAUGCCGCAGUCCUGAUCUAAUAAGUAAUCUUGUAGUAUUGAAACUAUAGAGGCUGAUGUAGAGAAGUAAACCUAACUUAAAUACAAAUAACAUGCAUAAAUAAUAAUUUUAGUAAGGUAAUUAUUCUUCCAACAUCUUUACCCUGGUACCGUAUCUAGAUUGGUAAAGCUACCGAAUGAAAGGUAAAAUGUUUUGUAAAAAUCACGUAGAAUUUUAAUAUUCACUAGUAAUGUUUUAAUUAAUAUUUUAAGUUGUAUCAUUCGCCGUCUCAUUAUUUAUGACAAAUUCGAAAUGUAAUUUGUAAACAAAUCCAUUUGAAUUUUAUUGCCAAAAAAAAAAUUAAAUAGAUUGUAAAGUAAUCAUUGUUAUACCAAAUUGUUUCCGAUUCAAUUAUUUUAUUUAUUUUUAUUUUAUCUUUAAAUUAUAUUUAAUUUAUGAUUGACGUUUAAGCAGUUUCCUUUUCAUACAUUAAUUCAAAGAUAAUUAAGAUUUGAAUUAGUUUAGAAACGAUAAAAUAUAUUCGAUUUUCAAACGAUCUUUAACGAUUUACAACGUUUUAACGAAUUACGAUAUUUAAAAAAAUUACUAUUUAUAUAAAUAAUUAUUUGUCUGUGAUUUACUUAUUCGUUUAAUCGCUACCUUCGACAUUUAACCACAAAUAGGUGUUUUAAAAAAAAUAAACUAUGUUAAACCUCUUCGCAAUUAUAUAACUCGCUAUUAUUUAGACGUUUGUUUAACGAUAAAUUUAUUUGUCUCAGUAAAUAAUCGCUUAAUAAUAUUCCAUAUCCGUUGAGACCCAAUAAAUAUAAUUAGAUGUAGCUCGAAACUGUAAAAGUAAAUAAAUUAUAAAUCGAAAAUAGUUUUACUAAAAACUGUAUUUUAGUGUAAAAUUGAUGUUUGUAUAUUAAACAGUAUGCUAAUUAUAAUAAAGAAUAUUUUUAAAAUCAACCAUCGAACGAAAUCUUAUACAUAUCAACUUUCAUCUUAUAUACAACAGUCGUAUUAAUAUAAUAUAUAUAAAUUAUAUUAUAUAUUUAAAAAUAAUAUUACUUAGUGUACCCAGUAGCUAGAGUAAAUCUUAACCGAUGAUGACGGUGAUUAAUUUGUGUUUAUAAUUAAUCUCAUGCUUAUCGGUGAAGAACAUGAAUAUGGCGGAAAUUAUCACGUGUGGUUUAAGCUCCAAUCUUACUGCUCAAGAGGAGUAGGUGGCUUUGUCCAGCUGUGAGACAUUUACAUGCUGUUGCUUUCGUCUGUCUAUAUACUAACUUACCAUAAAAAAGGUUUUACUCACAUGUAUUGCAUAAAUGUAGUUUAUUAUUCGUACAAAACCACCUUCGACAAUUAAUCUGUAAUUCUACAGCGAAACUGUAAUACUGUGUAUUCAUAAGUUUCGAUUUUAAUAGUUAAUGCCUGAAUUGAGACUGUGUGAGGUACAAGAUACUUGGCUUCUUAGGUCCUGAUGAGUGGUAACCUUCCCCGACGGGCUUGCACAAAACUCAUACCACCAAGGGAAUUGAUAGAUUUUUGUAAAUAAACUCGAAAGUGACAAAGUAAUUUCGAUGUAAAUCAGGUAAAAAUUUGGAAGAUCCAAGACAGAACAAUCGUCCUGUUAUCAUUCGAGAUGUCAACAGAUGUGAUCAAAGAUUAAAUUGUGUGUUUCAAUAAAUCUGGAGCAAGGUUUUUGUAAUGAUGUACAGUUUUAAUUGUGAGAUAACGUCAAGUAUCAAGAUUGCAGCAAACAAUAAUAAAGAUCAAGUUCAGAAUAUUUGGCGAGAAAGUCUAUUGAAAGUAUCAUUUAAUUUAAAUUGAUUCAAAUUAAAAACAUCCUCUUUGGUGGAGAAUCAGACAUUUAAUAAAGAAAAAUUUGCUAAUGAAUGAUUUUAAAUAUAAUUAUUAUUGUUCCAAUUAUAAUUUGCAAUUGUAAAUAUUUUCAAGACGAAAAAUUUUGAAAGAUUUAUUUAUAAUAAUAAUAUCCUGGGACAUUAUACACACGCGGCCAUCUGAUCCCUAACUAAGCAGAGCUUGUACUAUGUAAACCAGACAACUGAUAUAUAUGUAGAUAUUCUAGUUUUCUUUUGUAAAUACAUACUUAUAUAGAUAACUACACCCAGACUCAGGACAAAUAGACAUGUUCAUGUACACAAAUGUCUAUCCUGGGUGGCAUUGUUACGUCAUAAUAAUAUUCAUAAUGAUAGUAUUGUUACGUCAUAAAACAGUAUUAAUGGCGACUAAAUAACUUGAACUUCUUAAUGAUGUGAUUUUUUUUUAAUCAAUACAAAAAUGAUUGAAUAUAUAUAGUAAUGGUUAUAUACAACUUUGAUGAGACUUAAAUAGACGUUUAAUUUUAAUAAUAUAUGAGGAUAAUAAAUAAGCAGUUACAUAUAAUGUAUAUAGUGAUGAAUAACAAUACAUAAUAUAUAUAUAAAAUAACAGACACAAUACAUAAUGAUAUGACCUAGUGCCGAAACAUAUAAUAUAUGUAAUCAUAUGUGCCAAGGUUUCUUGUAUUGUCCCUUAACCGAUUAUUUCGGUUCGAUACUAUCGAUUAUUUUUUUAUAACUUUCGAUAUAUCGAUUAAAUAAGGAUAAAAAUGAUUUAAUAUUAUUCACACACACACAAACGUUACUUUUACAGAAACGUUACGUCUCUUUGUAGAUAAUGUUUGUAUGUGUUUUGUAAGUAGUUAUUUAUAAAACAUAAUGUACUAUCAAUAAUCUCGAUAGUGGAUUCGCUAACGAUUUAUCGAUAUUAAGGGAAGCCUAAUUAUAGGCCAAUGUUUCCACAGUAUAUUUAUGUUCGCAUAUGGCAAUGUUCAACGGCAAUCAAGACUUUAUUGUGCUUUGCCAUUUCCACGAACAUUAAUAAAAGUCACGAGUGACUCAGCACGCACAGUAAAAAUGUAUUUUUUUUGCGUCAAAACUUUUUUGUCCAACGUUACAUACAUACAUCGUAAGUAACGUUAAUACGUUUAAUUUAUUGGUGAUAUUACCAUCAUCCAGUUUUUAUAGAUAAAUCUUAUAAAUAAAUAAUCAAAUAUAUAUUAAACAAUUGUUUGAUAUCGUCAUAGUUACCUAACAUAAUUGGUGGGUUGCAAGAAUUUUGCUCGGAUUUGGUCGGUACUUACAAUCGAAUACGAUUUUGUCUUAAAUUUCUGAAAAUGUUGUAUGCAUGGAUGACGUACACAACAAAUAUUCCUUGCAGACUGUUUAAAUAACGAAUUAUAUAUUAUUUAAUAUUUAUUAAUAUGUAAUACAAAUGUUUUCUUCUAUACAAAGUUGAUGUAAAUUGUUCCUUAAAAAUUGUUAAAUAAUUAUGUAACUAUGUAUUUUGUAUGUAUCCAACAAGUGGCCUUAGGAAGUGUCUUCCGAUUAUUAAUAGAAAUAAGUAUUUUCAUUAAAUAUAUAU